AUGGCAUCUUCCGUUCCCCAAGGACAGGCCAUUCGCCGCCGAAUCAUACACGCGGGCAUGGACUUCGGGACUGCGUACUCCUCAAUUUCCUAUGUCAUCCCCGAUUCUGAUGGCCACAUCGAUCCCGGCCGCUGUCGGCUCCUUUUCUCAAACGUCUACCUGUCGGAGGGAAAUAUGGUCCAAACCAGGAUUCCCAAGGGCGACUUCACUGAGGAUGACUACGACGGCGGGUGGAUAAAGUUGUUCAAGCUGUCACUUCUACACUCAGACGACUUGCCAAAGGGCAUCCGAGCUUCAAGGAUACUUGAUAUAUCCAACAAGGAACGUGAGGCACUGGAUCUCAGUGCCACCGAUGCCACGGCCAUAUAUUUCCAGGGUCUCUUGGGACAGUUUCUCCAUACACUUUCUUUGAUGCUUGGGCACCAAGAACUUGCGCAGCACGAUGUUGAAAUCACCGUGACAGUUCCCGGCAUAUGGCCUGUGGACGCCCGGAGGCGCUUGUACCAGGCCUUGCAGCCCGCCAUCACCGCCCAUGCAAAUGUUCGUCUUGCCAGAAACUUCGUGCCGGAGGGAGAGGCCACUGCCAUCGCUCUCCUCUCGGAACCAAGCAGAACAGGCAAUUUCUGGGGUCAAAGGUUUGAGAAAGGAGACACGGUUGUCAUUUGCGACUGCGGUGGUGGAACCACGGAUUCAGUCGCCUACAAAGUGACAUCUGCCCAGCCCCUCAUCGUGGAGGAGAUUUCGCCGGGCAGAUGUAUCUUUGCUGGGGGGGUUCUUGUCGAUGAAGCAUUCCUGCAAUUGGUCAAGAACAAGACCAAGGAAGCGACUCCGAUGAGAACAAGGAACAACCUCACUGACAACGACUAUCAAGAUUUCGUAGACGAAAUCUGGGAGAGAAUUAAAGAGAGACACUCGGUUGACGCGCCACGCAGGGAAGUCUCACUUCCUCGUAAAUUCCUUGGGAGUCGGGCCACUCGUCCCAAAAUGACCUUCAGCGCCGACGACAUCAAUUCGGUGUUUGAUCCAGUUGUCGGCAAGAUUCUGAACUUGCUAGAAUCAGAAAUAGCCAACGUCGGGAGAGCGACAGGUAAUGGCCCAAAACAUGUCGUCGUGGCUGGCGGGUUUGGUCGCAGCCGCUAUCUUCAACUGAAGAUAGCACAAAAGGUUGAGAGCCUGUCUCCAUCUACCCUUACCAAUUGGUAUACAGACCAGGACGGAUGGGCCUCGGUGUGUCGAGGCGCAGUACUGCAUGCUAUUCAGGCACAUGCGCUGUCAAUGGAGCCGGGUGUGCAGAUUGACGGUCGAGCCUCUGGCGAAAGCUAUGGCGUAGACCAUAGAACCGAUGGAUUCAUGUAUUGGCUCAUUCACCAGGGCGACGUCCUCUCCACCACGGGCCCAAACAGAAGAACUCUCCCUCCAGACGCACUGCGCCGUGACACGAAUGGUCGUCUCUUUGUCAACAUGUAUCGUCAAACGGAGCCGGGUGCAAGAGUUGAGCUUUUUGACUGUAUAGUCUUGACCGCCGUUGGUGAGCCACCGAGCAUGGCGUUCGAUUUUCGUUGGGUUGGCGGUGAGAUGAGUUUCAUGCUGGUGUAUGGAGAUAACAGUCAAGUCCCAUUCAUCCGUCAAAACUGUUACGAUUUUUGA